CCUCUCAAAUAAAUGGCCGAUAAAGCUGUAGCCUUAUCCAUUUCAUUCACUCUUCACAGUUCACAGUUUCCCCCAAAUUUCCUCAAAAAGGAAAAACAAAAACAAUUAAAGCAUCCGUUUCAAAAUACCGUUACCCCCAAAUCUGGUAACCCAACAAAAUUUUAGCAAUUGGCGCGAAAAUGGAUUUACAAGGGCUCAGAAGCUCAAAUAAUCCCAAAUUAAUGCUUUCUUCUCUGCUGAAGAAGAGAGAGAAGCUUCACAACGAGCUUCGAAGUGUCGAAAACCAGGUAUACGAACUGGAGACGAGCUACUUGCAAGAAACAAAUACUUUCGGUAAUGUGUUAAAGGGCUUUGACGGGUUUCUUUCUUCGUCGAAGAACACGACUAACUUAAAGAGAUCUAGAAAGUUCCAGAUUGAAGAUAGAGUGUUCUCGUUGUCCUCAGUCACCUCACCAGCGGCAGAGGAGCUCAGAGUUGGCAAAGAGGAUGGAAAAUCGGAUAUGGUUCAAGGUAGGCCGAAAGUCGGAAGCUUGGCAGCCGCUGCUCAGGGAAAGCCGAAGAAGGGAAGAACGGGCCAGAGGGAAGUGAAGAGAAUCAGAAUCUCGAGCGAUUUAGAUCCUGAUGAAGACGAUGAUCUUGAUUUGAAAUAAAACAUCAUUUAUUUAUUUAUUUAUUAAUUUUAGUUUAACUGUAUCCUCAAAUCAUAUUCUUUUAUCUGCUCUUUUUUUUUCUUUUUUUUUUUAAAUCAUAGGAUUAUUUGUAUCAUAUGUAUUAUUACAAGUUGUAUGAAAAGAAAUUGUUAUAGCCAAUUGCUUUGUAUAGACUACGUUGAGGUAGUUUUGAGUAUAGCUAA